ACAUACGUCAACAUCAUCAUCAUCAUGUCUCCUGCAAACAACAACGCCGCCAAAUCUGACUCCAAGGACGAUGCCCUUCAAAAGACGUCGACCGAUGGAGAGCCUGCAGUAGAUGAAACUGCCAAUGGCCACGCUGAAAACAUCUUCCAGAUUACCAUCAAGCUGCCUCACGCCCCCUAUGUCCAUCCCAUCACGAUCUCAACAACGGAGCAAGUGCAGGACCUCCGCCAGGCUAUCAUCGAAUCCCCCCAGCUCUACCAAUAUUCGUGUUUUCACCUCGAGCUCAAUGGUCAACGCGUCAACGACUAUGUUGAACUAUCCGAAGUCCCUGGCCUCAAGGCUGACGCCGUUCUCACCCUCGUCGAAGACCCUUAUACAGAGAAGGAAGCUCGCAUGCAUGUCAUCCGCGUUCGAGAACUGAUCGGCGCUGCGGGAGACCGCACCGAUGCUCUCCACGGUAUUACAGCUGGUCUAUCAUUGCACGAGUCAAUUGGCCUAGACGAGAGCGGAAAGCCCAAGUACGAAGGCACCGAAACUACACCCUUGUCGGACUAUGAUUUCAAGGCCGGAGGUAAUGUGAAGACAUUGCUUGCUCCGCCUCAAGAGCCAGCCCCAAAGACGGUCAAGUCUAUUUCCGUCUCGCCUUGGAACCCGCCGCCCUACCAUCUGCGAUCCAAGGGCCACCUUCUCUACCUCCUCCUUACCACAAACGAGAAUGAGCAACAUCACAUCACGGCUACGGUUGCAGGCUUCUUCGUGAACAAGUCUUCCAAUGCCAAGUUCGAUCCUACGCCUCGCCAGGCGCCAAAGGCCCACUCCGCCCAUUCCCUUCUCCAAUUGAUUGAGCAGCUGUCUCCUUCUUUCAGCUCAAACUUCAAGACAUACUUGGAGCACACCCAGAAACGCGAUCCUCUCACUUAUUUCCAGCUAUCCAAUGCCAUUCCGGCAAAUCCCUGGCUGGUUCCAGCGUCCAGCUCUACCAACACAUCGCAUCAACCCGAUCUCGCCCGAACACAGGAGAGCUACCUCAUAUCAGGUGUAGAAACUACCGAGACUCUGCGCGACUGGAACGAGGAAUUUCAAUCCACACGGGAAAUGCCCAAGGAGGCUGUCCACGAUCGUGUGUUCCGUGAACGUCUCACCUCGAAGCUUUUCGCCGAUUACAACGAUGCUGCAACUCGUGGCGCCAUGCUGGUCGCACGUGGCGAGAUCGCACCCCUGAACCCCACCGAGGCCAAGGACGCACAAAUCUUUGUCUACAACAAUAUUUUCUACUCCUUCGGCGCCGACGGCGUCGGAACAUUCACCACUGAAGGCGGUGAUGAGGCUGCUCGCGUCGCUGUUGGCAAAGAUGUUUCCGGUGUGCGUGCCGUCAACAACCUUGAUAUCCCCAAUCUCUUCACCUCAGGAACGGUGGUGGUUGAUUAUCUCGGUAAGCGCAUUGUGGGCCAGAGCAUUGUACCAGGAAUCUUCAAACAACGGGAGCCCGAAGAGCACCAGAUCGACUACGGCGCGGUCGAGGGCAAAGAGAUUGUUGCAGAUAAUGAGGUCUUUGUCCCUCUCUUCGAGCAACUAUCGAAAGCGCUGCGAGUGAAGAAGCACCCAGUAUGGGACAAGGACAAUGCCCGCCAUGAAUUGGAAGGUAGUGUUGAGACUAAGGGUCUCAUUGGUACGGACGGCAGGAAAUAUGCUCUUGACCUCUACCGCCUCACUCCCGUUGAUGUUGCCUGGAUAGAAGAACACUGGAGUGAACCAGGAGAGGAUGGUGAGAAAUCUGGCGAAAAAGAUUACCCUCAUCGCAUGGCAACGCUACGACCCGAGCUUGUCGAAUCGUACGGCCGAGAAAAGUUGCGCGAAUAUGUCCAGAAUGAGCUGAACAAGAAGACUCCCGAUUCGAGCAAGAAUGGCGAAACUAAGGCUGUGACAAACGGCGGUGAUGAUUCCAAGACAGAGUCGGGCGAUGACGAGGAAUCAAAGGAAGCUGCCGAAGCUGCCGAGCAGGAACGCGUAGACAUUUCUGGCUUCCAAUUUGCUCUCAACCCCGAUGUCUUCUGUGGCCAACAUCCCCAGACUGAAGAAGACAAGGCGGAAUGGGCUAAGGACGAAGCCGAAGUUCGCGCCGCUUGCGAUCAUCUUCUAAACAAUCUCAUGCCCCGCCUCAUCCAGGAACUCAAGGACGGCGAUGUUGGAUUCCCUAUGGAUGGCCAGUCGCUGAGCCUGCUUCUGCACAAGAGGGGAAUCAACAUUCACUAUCUCGGAAAGAUUGCUGAGCUCGCUGACAAGGAGGACCCGCGCCUGCAAGCUCUUAAGCGUCUCGUGGUUCAGGAGAUGAUUACUCGUGGUUUCAAACAUCUGGCCAACUCGAAACUACGUAAUCUGUCGGCACCCUUCGCUACACCUUGCCUUGCUCACCUGCUGAACUGCCUUCUUGGUAGCGAGCUGAACCCAAAGCCUGUAGCUGAAAGCGAUGCUGAACUCAAGUCCCUAUACCCCGAAUGCGACUUUAGCUUCGAAAAGCUUACUCCCGAGGAUGUGAGGAGGGAGGUUCAAGCGCAGGUCGCCUUGAGGUACCGCUACAACCUUGGUGAUUCUUGGAUCGAGCCUGGCAAACAGCUACAACUUCUUCGUGAGGUUGCCUUGAAGUUGGGUCUCCAAUUGGCGAACAAGGAGUACGCAUUCACGCCCAAAUCCCUCGCCAAUGGAUCUGCGCCCGAGGCCAGCAGUGCACCCACUCCCGCUGUCAACGGCACUUCUUCCUCAAGCAAGAAGAAGAAGAACAACAAAAAUGCCUCGCCCCCCCGCGCAGCCAGUCCUGCUGUGAAGACUGUGCAGACAUUCCAUGUUGAUGACAUCAUUAACAUCGUCCCUGUCAUCAAAGAAGCGUCUCCGAAGAGUCUUCUAGCAGAAGAGGCUUUGGAAGCUGGCCGUAUGUCAAUUGCCCAGGACCAGAAAGAGCUGGGCUCAGAGCUAUUGCUUGAAUCGUUGACUCUUCACGAGCAGAUUUAUGGCGUACUGCAUCCUGAGGUCGCUCGUGUCUACCAUACCCUUUCCAACUUGCUCUUCAGCUUAGAUGAUAAAGCGGCUGCGCUCGAGCUUGCUCAUAAGGCUGUUAUUGUCUCCGAGCGUACUCUUGGUAUCGAUCACGCAGACACAGUCCUCGCGUACCUGAACUUGGCCUUGUUCGAACAUGCCACUGGCAAUGGCCGUACAGCUUUGGUCUACGUUCGCCACGCGCUUGAGUUGUGGAAGCUUGUUUACGGCGUCGAUCAUCCCGACUCUAUUACUACUCUCAACAAUGCGGCUGUGAUGCUCCAGACCCUGAAGAACUACCCCGAGUCUAAGGUCUGGUUUGAGGCCUCACUCUCCAUCUGUGAUCAGAUUUCCGGCAAGGACUCGAUCGCCACGGCAACGCUGCUUUUCCAGACUGCCCAGUCACUCGCCCUGGUCAAGGACAUGCGUGGCGCUGUUCAGCGUAUGCGCGAAUCUUUUAACAUCUUCAAGGCGGUCCUUGGCCCCGAAGACCGCAACACCAAAGAGGCUGAGCAAUGGCUCGAUCAACUCACGAGCAGCGCUGUGGCACAUGCUAAGCAAUCACAAGCCAUUGCUUCUGGCCGUCUCCGUCAUCUUAAACUCGGGCAACGUGGCGGUCUUCGACCGCAAGCAGCUGUGGGACAGACCGCCAGCGAGACUACCACCGUUAACCGUCCACGAGUCGGUACGGUGGACCAGCGCAGCAUCGAAGAGUUGAUGAAGUACAUUGAGGGCGAAUCGCCCAAGACGACGCCCAAGAAGCGAACGCCUGCCACCGCCAAUCCUAAGAGGAGAGUGCCCAAAGCUUCUUCGUAA